CCGAUGAGAGUGUGAUCUGUCGUUAGUUUUGAGCUUCUGACGUGCUUCUCAGCUUUGGAUUUGAAGGAUAUUUCGUUGCUCUCUGGAGUGAAGCAAGUUUGCUGAGGCUUCUGGUUCAGGGAUGUUUGGUUUGGUCCGAAGGUUAGUGGCUUUUCGGUUUGCUGAUUGGGGCGCCCUCUGAAUUGCUCUUUUGCGAGAUAUCCAUGCAUUUUAAUGCUUCGGUUGUAUGCUACUCAUCGGCUAAGCGGGUGGCAGUCACCAAACUGUUUUCCAUCAUGUAUCAUGCCAAGAAGUUUUCAUCUCUGCCCAUGGUUCACCAUAAGGUCCCAAGCUCUGAAGAACUGGCAAAUGUUGGUUCUUGUGGAUCUCCUGCUAAAAACCCCAGUGCUUCUGUAGGUGGGAAGCAACGGCUGCGGUGGACAUCAGAUCUCCAUGACCGCUUUGUUGAUGCAAUAACACAGCUUGGUGGACCAGAUAGGGCAACACCUAAAGGAGUUCUAAGAGUAAUGGGUGUUCCUGGAAUUACAAUAUAUCAUGUGAAAAGCCAUUUGCAGAAGUAUCGUCUUGCAAAGUACCUCCCUGAAUCUCCUGCUGAUGGUUCAAAAGAGGAUAAGAAGGAUUCUGGAGAUGCACUCUGCAAUAUGGACUCUGCACCAGGCGUGGAAAUUGAUGAAGCUUUAAAAAUGCAAAUGGAGGUGCAGAAGCGGCUUCGUGAACAGCUUGAGGUGCAAAGGCAGUUGCAGCUAAGAAUUGAAGCCCAGAGCAGAUAUCUCCAGAAGAUCAUAGAGGAACAACAAAAGCUUGGUGGCACAUUGAUGGCCUGUGAUUCCUCGGCAGCUAAUGAAAAGCGGAAAGUCAGUGAGCCACCAUCCAAGUUGCAGGAUAGCCUCAGUGAAUUGACAUCGGGCAAGAAACAAAGGUUGGGUGACCAAUCGAAAGAUACAGAGCAGGUAUUACUGCCCCUAACUGAAGAGCCCGAGUCUGAUGAUUUCGUUGGCCAGUGGAACCGAGACUUAAAUGGUACGAGCACCCUCAAUUUCAGACUUGAUACGGAGAUGGACAGCAGCAAAGGUUGUCAUAAUUCUGACCGGCAAGAGCAUGGUUUUGCGGAGAAUGAGAGCCAAAAUAUCAGUCUCAGUUCAUCUUCAAGAUAACUGCUGCUUUGUUCAUUCGUGUCUUUGGGCCAUGUGAUGCUAGUAGCACUCAAUGUCAGUGUUGUAUUAUUGAUACUGUCAAGUUGUUGUAAAUACAAUGAUGCGUCAUUUUAAUAUGAUCGAGUUGUUAUGUUUAA